AUCGGUUUCUCGUCACAUGCUGUUGCGGCUGCAUCGGAUAGACUGUCUUGCUUGCUCGUUGGUAUCGCUUGCGGUGAAUCGCAUGAUCUGCGCGCGUUCGUAGAAAAUCUCUCGGAGUAUCUUUCACCUUAUAACGUUUCAUUUGGCGUUUUUGGCGUUAUGUUUGGGGGCGCUAGCGCUUCGGCGUACAUGGCGGAUAAUCGUCGCACUAACUGCGCGCCGUACACACGAAGUAGACGAAUCCGUCGUGUUGACAGGAAAAAAACGGAAAUUUCACGAGAUCCAUUUAGCCUCGGUCACGUCAAGCCAUUUUUCUGCAUCUAUGACAUUUGAAAGAGAGAAUGAUCAUUCCAUUUUCACAUCCCGCUUAAACACAUCUUUGCAACUUGCCUAUAUCUAAUGAAUGGACUUGUAAAAAGUAAACAAUUAGAAUCAGGAACGUAGAAAUUGUCUUAUUAUCGAGAGCUUUAAUCACUUGAAAUUUGCUUACAUCUGGUCAUCAUCGUCAUCUCCUGUCUGUAAAGUGUUUAAUUGAAUAAUUAUUUUUCAUAAAAACGUAAUGCAGAGUUCUCAGAGAAAAGAAGCGAGGCAAAGUGAAGUGCGAGUUGUACUGCGACUGGCUGCCCACAACUUUAAUAGCUGAUACAUUGUAGCCUGCCUAGAAGUAGUAUCUCUAUAUACUGUGCCUAUCCUGAACUCUAUAAAUGUUUAAGCCUGAUCUAGAGGUCACGGGUAUCUCCCGUAGCGGACGCGUGAGGAAGAAAUCCUCCAAGCUUGUCGACUUCGAAUCUGACGAUCUUACGGAGAAUAAACUCAAGCGACAGAAGGCGCAGCAGUUGCAGACUCAACAACUCUUGGAUCAGUAUGAAGUGCAACAGCAGCAGCAGAUAUUGCCCACGCAAUCUAAUCAGGCGGGUAACGUCGGGCAGCAGAGAAAGAAUUCAGGCUCGAAUCAUGUGCAACAAAGGAUCAAGAUGGACCCCUUGUCUGACAAUGAGGGUCAGUCGUCUAGCUCGGAAUCCGAUGAUCCCUCUGGGAUAAACGAGGAUGAGAGAUACAGUAUGGACUCGGGGAGCGACAAUGAAGUAGAUCCUCUCAUGAUCGACGAAAGAGAAAUGGGAUUCAGGAAGCUAGAGCCACCACCAGGUCAGGAAACCCCAUCACAAGCAAAUAGUUUAUAUAUGCUUGAAAAAUGUAAGAAAAAGUUGGUUAUUAAGGAUGGAAAAAUUAUAGGCAAGACGAAGACACAGCGCAAGGAUAAAGGGAAGACAAGAUUUACCGCUUACAUGCUAUGGGCAAAGAAAGUUAGGCCAGAACUGUUAGAGCAAGAUCCUUAUAUGGAUUUUGCGGCAGUUUCUAAGCGAUUAGGAGAGCUGUGGGCUACAGUACCACAUCUGGAAAAGUACAAUUGGCGCAGGCGUGCAAAGCGCUUGGCAGCAAAGCCUCAUUCUUUGUCGCCAAGUAAAGAUGAGCCCGUUUGGAAAAUGCCACUGCCCGCCUCGCGAAAAAAAUUCAUUAAUAAAAUUGGCAAUGGGAAAGAAACAAAGCCCGCUUCUGCAAAAAAAACUAUUCAACUCGGCGUGCCAUCUGUUGUUGGGAACGUUCCAGUCUCACCACCGUCGAAUCGCACCAGUAAAGAUCUGGUUAAUGAGCCGGUAAUAGGCACGGGAAUGUACAAAGUCGUUGGAACGCAGCCAAUCGAUGUUGCAGCCCAUCUCAAAUUGCUUGGUGAGAGCUUGACAAUCAUUGGAGAACGUUUGAAGGAACACGAUGGUCAGAUAGCUGUUUCGGGCAGUCUUUCGGUUUUACUGGAUUCGUUGCUCUGUGCCUUAGGUCCGUUAAUUUGUUUAACGCAGCAAUUGCCAGAAACUAAUGGAGCUAAACCUGAAACACUUUCCCAAAUGCUCGACAACAUUGCUUAUCUUAUGCCUGGUCUAUAAUGUACAAAAUAUAGCCGGAAAAUAUGUAAAAUAUUUAGAAUAUAAUGUAAAUAUUUAUAUGACAAUUUAGAUUACAAAAAAAUAGAUUAUAUGAGCGUGAAAACAAUAACAAUGUUUAUUUGCUAAAAAUUUAAAUCUUAAACACAGAUUCUCGUUAUAUUUCGUCUACUGUCAGAUAAAAAAUAACAUUUAUGUUUUAUAUAAAUAAUAUAUUUGUAUAAAAGUUAUAAUAAAUAUUUAAAUAGUACUGCAUUAUAUAACUAAGUAACUGUACAUGGCAUAUAAAUACAACGUCACAAUUAUUGUUCUGUAAGCGAAAUGGGCGGGCAUGUACAAAAUAGAUUCUUAUCACCAUA